AAAUACCCUAACCCCUCUUCUCCCCCCCUCUCUCUCUCUCUCUCUCUCUCCCUCCAAACCAGACGCCUCGCUCGCUCCCCCACACCACCCAAAAAAAAUGGCGGACGUAGUCCAGUACCGCCUCGAGCGCAUGGUCCAGGAGCUCGACGACCUAGAGAGCCGCGGCCUCUUCUCCCGCGCCGAAAUCUCUGAGAUCGUCAAGCAGCGCCGCAAGUUCGAGUACAGGCUCAAGCGCCCCAGCCCUCUCAAACAAGACUACCUCGCCUACAUCGACUACGAGACGCGGCUCGACGAGCUACGGCUGCUGCGGCGCAAGGCGGCAGCGAGGGAGAUGAGGAGGAAGGGAAACAGGAAGCUGAAGAAGUCGGUUUCGGACUUCGCCGGGGUGGCGAGGAUCGUGGAGAUUUAUCGGCUGGCGACGAAUAGGUUUAAGGGGGACGUGGAGCUUUGGUUGAGGUAUCUGGAGUAUUGUAGGGAGCGGAGGAAUGGACGUAUGAAGAAGGUCCUUGCUGACGUGAUUAGAUUUCAUCCAAAAGUACCAGGGAUCUGGAUAUAUGCUGCAGCUUGGGAGUUUGACCAAAACUUAAAUGCCGCAGCUGCCCGUGCUCUUAUGCAAAGUGGUUUGAGAGCUUGCCCAACUUCAGAGGAUCUCUGGGUGGAGUAUCUACGUAUGGAACUCACGUACCUCAAUAAGCUAAAGGCGAGGAAGGUUAUUCUUGGAGAAGACAGUGGAACACUCAGUCGUGAUCAUCGCGAUACUGAUGAGAAACAAUGGAGAGAUGAAAACAAAGAAUUAUUUAUGACGCUUGAGGAAAAAAGAGAGAACAACGAGGAGGCAUCAGAUGUCCAAGAUGGGGAAUCCGAGAAAUUAGAUUUAUUCCGGGAGCAUGGUUUGAGUAUUCUUCAAACUGUUUAUAGUGGUGCAGUUGAAGCUCUCCCUUCUAAUUUCAACCUUAGAACACGGUUCAUUGAGAUAUUGGAAGCAACAAACUUGGAUCAUUCAGAAGAGAUGCGAAAAGAGAUACUGGAUGAGAUGAACAGAGAUUUUUCAAAAGAACCAGAAUACUGGGAGUGGCUUGCAAGGCUUAAUUCCAAAAGGACAGUUGAUAAGGGUGAAGGAAUCAAGCUCUCUUGGUUAGAAAAAGCAAUUCAGAUUUAUGAAGAUGCUAUAAAAGUCCUGCCUUCAGCUACGAUGUUUACCCUCUAUAUAAGGUUUUUGAGGGACAUUAUUGUUGAUAAAAGUGGAGAAGUACAAAUUUCUGGGCUCUUCAGCGCUUCUGAUUCUACCGUAGAUCCUAUUUCUCAUGCUUUGAUGGUAUAUGAAAGGGCAGAGAGCAUGGGUUGCAUUACCGAAGAUCUCGCUUGCCAACAUAUUUCCUUUUAUAUAGAACUUGGGAGAUUGGAGGAAGCUAGGAAGUUGGCAGAAACGCUUUGCAGUGGAAAACUUGCAGAUUCAGUGGAUUUGUGGGUACUGAGGUUCUCAAUAGAAAUGAGAUGUGUCCCCAACAAAUCUGGCCUUCCAAGUAAAUCGGAUAUACUAUCUGUCUACAAACUCCUAAAACCAGUUCUCACGAGGACCGCUGUUUCAAAAGCUGAGAGCUUGUGGAUUUUGGCUUUAAAGUUCUUCUCAAAUCAAAGACAUUAUUGUGACAAGUUGGUGGAGCUUUCCCUGGUUUCAUUGGCUAAAGAUGGUGGCAGUGAUGAUGGAUUUUCCCUCUCUUCUGCUAUUGUAAACGUUGUUCUUCAGAAGGGUGGAAUUAAGAGCGCAAGGGAUAUGUAUAAAAGGUUUCUUGCUUUACCCCAUCCAGGUCGUGCAAUAUAUAAAAGUUGCAUUGAUUUGGAAUCGAACCUUGCAUCUGCAGGCGAUAGAGAUGGUCUUGUAGAAGCCAGAAAAUUAUACGAAUCUGCUCUUGCAACUUACGACCAAGAUGUGAGCUUGUGGCAAAGCUAUUACUCUUUGGAGAUUAAGAUGGGUACAUCAGAAACAGCUAACGCUGUCUGUUGGCGUGCACGGAAGUCGCUUAAAGACAACGUCUCCCUGCUCUCUUCUCCAUAUUUGUGAUGGAUACACGUGUACCGAUCUCUUCCAAUUUUGACUUGACUAAUUUAAGUUUUCUUUUUUGCUGUCCAGAGCAGUAUAAUGUGUUAAUUUAUCUUUUCUGUCUGUGUAUCCAUUUUUUUUAAUGGAACUUUUUGUGUAUCUUUUUUCUGAUGGUGGUUGUCUGUGCAUUUGAGUUGCCUCCCAA